AUGCAAAGGCUGCUUCUGCUUCUAACAUGGUUGCUGUCGUUAGCAAGCGCUUUCGAUAUAAAGAUACCACGCACUGAAAAACGAGAUCAAAUAGAAUACAACGCUGUGCUGGCAUGCGCAUCGUAUAUCAACACUCUAAAAUGGUCGUUCGAUAGUUCUCUUGUGCCAGGAUUCUGCUCCACCACAUGCUUUUACCCACCAGCAUUCGAUACUUGGUCUCUUUGUAUCUUUAAUUCGCUCACAGAUCAUGCUGUUCCAACGGUCAAUGCAAGUUUCGAGAAGAGUUUGGGCAAUGUAAGAAAGAUGUGUUCGUUUGUGGAUAAGCGCUUUAGCAAUAUUUCGUUGGAACAAUACUAUUUCUCCCUAAAUAACGCUUCUGCCCACGCCAUAAAGCAUUAUAACUCUACUGAAUGCCUAUCGACGUCGGUUUGGGCCGAUUUCAAGACUAGAUCUAAAUGGGUACUGGCUUUCCAUGCCAAUACUUACAAUUCAGAUAUCAGUAGCGUUUACGGCGCGUACUUGAGUUACUAUUUCGUUAUAGUAGGAGUGAUAGCAGUAUUUUUCCACAUGAGCCAUUACAAUGGGCUCAAUCGAGUGCUGUUUAGAUGCCGUAUCAUCAAUCUCAUUCGUGGCCAUUGCGUAUUGCCUACGUUUUUGAUUGGGAAACAUGCUAACCAUUUUAAGUUCCUUAAUUUUGAGAUCUUUAGUGGGUUGAUGCCCAACUCCUUGGAAUCAUGGAUCAUUAUUGGUUACACGUUAGCUAACAUGAUAUUCUUGUCCAUAGAUUACAUUAUAGAUCCCUAUAAUCUUAUUUUCAAGAGCCACCUGUCGCAAUUUAUGAGAUUACUGGCUGAUAGAUCCGGGAUAAUAGCGUUUACACAAUUUCCUCUAAUCAUCAUUUUCACAGCAAGAAAUAGUUUUUUGGAAUUUUUAACCGGACUUAAGUUUAAUUCAUUCAUUAGUUUCCAUAAAUGGAUCGGCAGAAUCAUGGUUCUCAACGCAAUGGUGCAUUCUCUUUCAUAUUCAUUGUACGCGUUGGCCAACCACAACUAUUCCAUAAGCAGCAAGGAAUUGUACUGGAAAUUCGGCAUUGCAUCCACAACAACGCUUUGUGUUUUACUGGUUCUGUCAUUAGGAAUGGUAAGGAAAAAGCACUACGAGUUUUUCCUUUAUACGCACAUACUGUUGGCUAUUUUGUUCUUUUACUGCUGUUGGAAGCACGUCACGAUAUUCAACGGUUGGAAAGAAUGGAUUGUGAUAUCACUAAUCAUAUGGGGGCUGGAGAAAGUGUUCCGGGUUUGGAACAUUCUGCAUUUCGGAUUCCCAAGGGCCACUCUAAUCAACUUGAACACUAGCAAGAACCCACACGAGGAAAUGUUCAAAGUUAUCAUACCAAAGCAUAACAGCAAAUGGCAAUCCAAGCCAGGCCAGUAUUGUUUCCUCUAUUUUUUGCAUCCUCUGGUGUUCUGGCAAUGUCAUCCAUUCACCAUUAUAGAUGAAGGGGACAAGUGUGUUAUAGUGAUUAAACCGAAAAACGGGCUUACCAGGGUCAUAUAUAACCAGAUCUUGAAAUCGCUGAACGGCAAGCUACAGCUCCGAGUAGCCAUCGAAGGGCCAUAUGGACCCAGCAACUACAAACUCAACAGGUUCGACCAUUUGCUGUUAUUAAGCGGCGGCACAGGCUUACCUGGUCCGUUGGACCACGCCAUCAAACUCUCUCAAAACCCAGCCAAGCCAAGCAUACAAUUAAUCAUAGCAAUCAAGAAUGUCUCGUUUCUAAACGGCUACAAGUCCGAAAUCCUAAAACUAAAGCAAAAUCAAGCAAAUCUCAACGUGCAGGUUUUUCUAACCCAGAAACCACCUGCCGCAAAGGGACCAACCGCCCACGACCAACUAAUCAAUCUUGAUGAUAUAAUGACAGAACUAACAAGUUUUGUACACAUCAGGCACACAAGGCCCGAUUUCCACGAACUGAUAAACGAGUCAAUGAAGAACGGGAGUCCAGCGGACUCCGUAGCAAUCGUAUGCUGCGGCCCGCCCGCCUUGGUCGACGACGUAAGAAACACCGUUUCCCGAACAGUCAUCGACCACCCUGGAAGGAUUAUCGAGUACUUUGAAGAAUACCAGUGCUGGUAA